AUGGAUGAUCAGCAGGAUCUUACGUUGGAUUUAAUUGCUACGCCGGUUUUUCAAUAUACGGAUGCCCAGUUUCACGCACUGAGGCUCACGAGCAUCAUCGUCAGCGGUAUCGCGCUAAGCUGUGCCGUCACCAGUAUGACUACGUAUAUUUACAUGCUGAUAUACGAAAAAAAGCGGGCCAAUCGCGUAUCACUGCGGUGUGUUAUGUUAUCAAUUCUGGCCUUUAUUCCCAACGCGAUCAUGAACCUCAUAGCCGUUGUGGUGCCUCAAAACUCGCGCUUCUGCCGAGUUUGGGAAAUUCUCGGGAGCUUUCUAAGCGUUGCCUCCGCCGCCUUUCUCGGGUUGGUAGGCUUAAAUCUCGUGCUGGUAUUCGUCAUUGGUGUCAAACAACCGGAGCGAUUGGAGUGGUUCUAUUACCCUGGCGUGCUCAUCUACUGUAUGAUACCUACCGUGGUUGGCAUCGAAGAUGUUUACAAAGUAUUAUCCACCAAUCAAUACAACCAUCAAUGCUGGUAUUAUACUAACUAUAUUGGAAGAAGUUACGCCGACUUGGCCUGGAUUGUGUUUUACGGCUUUUUAUUUGCCAUCUUUCUGUUCUCCACCAUCUUUUCCUUGGUUGCCUUGGUCAAAGUAUUCCGUGAACGACAAGCAUUGGUCGAUAAAUUGACUGAAAUGUCAACAAAUGCAGAGGACUGCGGAUCCGUCCAACGACCGACCAAUCAAGAUAUCAAUCGGCAUGUCCAUCGUCACACCAACGAUUUCAGCAAAAUUGUCAUUCGUUGCAUUGUAUAUCCUUUCGUGCCAUUACUUGUCAACGUGUGGGGAUUUAUCAUUCAGAUGAUGAUCGUUACACCAGACAGCGUUACACCUUAUUGGCUCUUGAUGUUAGACACGAUCUUUGGAUGGUUGGAAGGAGUGCUCGUGUUCAUGAUUUUCUUCAGUGAUCCAGCCGUGACCUCCACGCUCAAUCAUAUAUUGCGCGAUCUGCGUCUCUACUUUGUAGAUGAAUACAGUCAUAUUGAAGAAUACCCAGAUGGACGCAUCAAAGUCACUGUUUCCGGAUUAAACCCGACCACUGCUCGUGCGAGGUUAAGGCCACGACCAAAGAUAUCACAUCAUGUACCACCGCCAGCGGAACAGUGGCCGCCAGACAAAGACAGCACUCAAUCUCCCCCAGUUGACAGUUCAUUUCAGCAGGAAAAAUCCAAAAGUCCUACAGACGAUACUUUUGAUCAACCACGCCUGCGCGUGGUAGAGCGUACAGCCUCACAAGAAUCCAAGGACGAUAAAGAAAUACCAUCGAACAGAAUGGUUAUUCGUCGCGUUAGCGCAGACGCUGUCAAGGAUAGUCCUAACCGAUACUCAACGAGCCCUUUCGACCAUGUGUCGUCCCAGAUUACAUCUAGAAAUGGUAGACAGUUCGAGAUUCGGGACAUUACAUGGACAGACGAAAAUGGCAUCUAUGUCUCUUAUCGACAUCCUCGACUGGUGACAGUCGUUCACUGGAUACUCAUUCACAUCUUUCGUGUCAAGCGUGACGAAACGGUUGAAAUCUUUUAUCCUGAGGGAAUGGCCCGAGGUCCUUACUGUGUCAUGAUCCAGAAAUGA